GGACGUGUCUCAUGCUCCUCAGGUCCGUGUGCGAGGGAGGCACAGGAAUCGUGCCAUGUUCUCUCCUGUGGGAUAGAACGAGCCCGAGCCGCGUGUGCUGAGCAUCCUGACAGGGAGGAGGCGGCCGAGCAUCCCCCUUUCCUGCCCACCCUCGGGGACUGCGUGCCGGAGUGGCUCAGAGCCUGCGUGUGCGGGGAGAGGAGCAGUGUGGGGUUGAUUCCUGGGGGGCUGUGGGACAUUUGAAAGUGAUUUGGAGAGAGCAAAGUCUGUGUCCGAUGGACAGCGAGCCGCAGCCGGCGUGCGUGGUGCCCCAGGCCCCCUGCCCAGCCAUGAAGUGCUCUCCUUCCCAGGACUUUCCUCCCCAGGUGAGGCUGGCUGAAAAGAUCCCCCCGGUGAAGCCUUGCUUCAAGAAGAAGCAGCAAGGGCAGAAGAGACUGGACACACAAACUCUGCGGGCCCUACGACCCAUCUUCACCAGCCUGCUGGGAGCCGGGGCCUUGGACAGGGUCUUUGUGCCCCGGGGCCAGCGUGGUGGCCACGGGGAUUUAUGUGAACCUGCAGUGAAAAAGGCUCUGGACCUCGGUACCUCUUGCCCCCAGACGGAAAAUAAUGUGACUGUGCUGAUGCCAACAGCUCCAGAUGUGCAGGGUCAGCUGCCGGGAGCUCGGCCUUCCCCCGGGCACCCUGAGCAGGACGUGCAGCCAGGAGAGCAAGGUUUCUCCCCAGAAACUCCUGGGACUGCUGCUGAUAAUGGCAAUGAAUCAUUCCAGGAUCAUCCUUUGCACCCAAGUGCUGGUGAUGGUGCAGCUUGUCCUUUGUUCCCUGACAAGGUUCUGGAAAGCCACACAUCUGGCUUACUGCAGGAGAACAGCUGUCCGGUGCAAUACAACUUGACCCCAGGCAAUAAAUUCAGUGCUGGGAUAUUCCAGGAUAAAAGUGAAGAAGCUUCCCUUGACCUGGUGUUUGAGCUCUUGAACCAGCUGCAGUAUCACACCCACCAGGAGGACGGGAUUGAAAUCUGUGUGGAUUUUCUCCAGGGCACUUGUGUUUAUGGCAGUGACUGUCCCAAGCAUCACACAGUGCUACCCUACCACUGGCAGGUGAGGAGGACAGCAACCCAGAGGUGGCAAAGUGUGACCAACGAUUCCCAGGAGCACCUGGAGAGGCUCUACUGCAACCCUGACAAUGACAAGAUCAAAGUCAAGUAUCGGGGCCAGGAGUGCUGGGUGGAUCUGAACCUUAUGAAGCUGUACGAAAGUGCAGAGUUCGACCAAAUGCGGCGCCUGUCCACAGCCUCCUGCCCCGGCUCCAGCUCCAGCUGCUACACCGUGUGGAAGUACUUCUGCAGGGACCACUUUGGCUGGAGAGAGUACUCUGAGCCCGUGGUGAGGCUGAUCGAGGAGGCGAGCUGCCGGGGGCUGCGCGAGGUGCGCUUCAUCACCUGGCACAACCAGUACAUCCUCAACAUCAAGGACGGCUUCCAGCAGAACUCCUGCUUCCGCAGGGAGAUCAAGAGGAGGCCCCUGCUGCGCUCCUGCCUGCUGCUCAUGCCCUUCCUGCAGACCCUGGGUGGCAGCUCUGCCGUGCCCUCCCCGUGCUCCGAGCCCGCCGCCGCACACGACUUGUCCCCAGCUGCUGUCACCUGUCCCAGCUUCUACCCCGAGACCUGGAUUGGAAUGGAUCCAGCUCAGGACUUCAUCCAAGUGCCUGUUCUGAAGGAAGACAAGAGCUAUAGAACCAUUUACAACCUGUUCCACAAGACUGUGCCAGAGACCAAAUACAAGAUUUUGAAAAUCCUGCGAGUGCAGAACCAGUUCCUUUGGGAGAAGUAUAAAAGGAAAAAGGAAUACAUGUCCAAGAAGAUGUGUGGGCUGGACAGGAUCCUGAACGAGCGGCACCUGUUCCACGGCACGUCGCAGGACGUGGUGGACGGGAUCUGCAAGCACAACUUCGACCCGCGGGUGUGCGGCAAGCACGCCACCAUGUUCGGCCAGGGCAGCUACUUCGCCAGGAAGGCCAGCUACUCCCACAACUUCUCCAAGCGUUCCCCCAAGGGCGUGCACUUCAUGUUCCUGGCCAAGGUGCUGACGGGAAGGUACACGGUGGGCAACCACACCAUGAGGAGGCCGCCGCCCGUGGAGCCCGGCAGCGUCACCAGCGACCUCUACGACUCCUGCGUGGACAAUUACUUCGAGCCCCAGAUCUUCGUCAUCUUCAACGAUGACCAGAGCUACCCCUACUUCAUCAUCCAGUACGAAGAGGUCAGCAGCACCGUGUCCAUCUGACAGCCCGUGCUGCUCCCUGCCGCAGACUCCCCGCUGCGGGGGUAAAAUCUGGACAUUUCCUAACUGGUGGGAUGACUUGGAAGGAAGGUCGCUGAAGUGACCAACUGUGCACUUGCUGGUCGGUUCCCCGUGUGGAAAUUGUACAUAUUUUUGCCAUUGUUUAUAGUUGGAAAUCUGUGCCUUUUGUUAUAAAACACUGUUUAUUUAUGUUAGUAAAUAUUCAUGUUUCAGAA